UUGCACGAUCUAUGAUAGACAUUGUGGAUGAGAUUGUUUUGCCCGGUUUGUCUUUGUCUGAGUUCAAUAGUGGUCUGUCGGAGGAAGUUUGGACACUGCUACAGUUUUUCCCUUACACGUGGCGCUAUCGUCUUUACGGGCACUGGAAAUUCGGUAAUACAAUGCGGCAUCCUGAAGUAAACAUCGUGCGCGGCAAGGUUCUUGGAAGGACGAAAUAUGUGUUGAAGAGACUAUCUAAAGAAACUGUGCGAGUGAUGGGAAGGCAGUUGGGAAAGUUAUGUCACGUCCAUCCGAUUACUGUGUUCGACUACUUGCUUAGUCAGGUACAAACUUUUGACAACUUGAUACAGCCAGUUGUGGAGAGUCUGAAAUUUCUCACAAAUUUGGAAUUUGAUAUUUUGACAUAUUGCAUUAUUGAACAGCUCGCCAGUCCUGAUAAACAACAACUAAAAGCAUCGGAUGGAAAAUUGAGUCCAUGGUUGCAAGCUCUUGCAACAUUGGUUGGUGCCGUCUAUAAGAAGUACAAUGUUGAACUAGCGGGAAUGCUCAAUUAUGUCAUGAACCAAACGAAAAGAGUCAUCCAAAAUAUGGCAUGCAUCGAAGGCGUAGCUGGUGCUACAGCCGAUCAGCUGGAAGCAUUAGGAGGUGGUGAACUGUUGAGACAAGAGGCUGGAAGUUUUACGAAUGCAAGGAACAAGCGUGCAUCUGCUCGGUUACGAGAUGCUGUGUUAGCCGGUGACAUUGCGGUUGGAUUGUGCAUCUUGAUUGCCCAGCAGAGGGAGUGUGUCGUAUAUCGCGAAAGUUCCCGUCUGCCAUUGAAAUUGGUUGGGGAAAUGGUGGAUCAGGUACGUGUCCUCUUGUUCUUCAACAACACUGGCAUGCUGCAAGGUAUGCUUAAUAAGCUACUGUGUCCAGCCACUUACUCAUUACUUAUUCUUGGUGCCCGUUAA